GAAGAAGAGGAGGAGGAGGAGGUACGGAGCCUGGAUCUUUACGUGGACCACAGUGCAGAGGAGGGUGGAGAAAGUGACGAGGAUGGAGAUGACGAGGGGGAGGAAGAGGAGGAUGGAGAAGGCGAAGAUGAGGGUGAAGAUGAAGAUGAGGACCUGUCCAUGGAAAGCGAUUUGGAGGAGCGCCAUCCAGACACCAAGCUCCCCCACGAGCUCUCCUGGGGCCAACGCAAGCAGCUCUACUACGACACGGAUUAUGGGAGCGAUGUCCAGGCCAAGGGCAAGCGUAGCCAGCAAGAAGUCGAUGCUGAGGAGGAGGAAGAGGAGCAGGAGGCUCAAGUCAUCCAGAGGCGGGUGGGGCGAGACUUGGGGGAAGAAGAUUACGGGCUGGAUGUGAUCCAGGGCUAUCUGGCUGAGCAGCAGAAAACCCACGAUGGCGAGGGGCAGAAGAUUGACAAAGAUUUGCAGGCUCUUUCCAAGAAGGAGCAGCUGAAGCUUCUGAAGCAGGAGUCCCCUGAGCUCCUGCAGCUGAUUGAGGACUUUGAAGUCAAGCUGAUGGAGCUCAAGGACGAGCUGCACCCGCUGCUGCAGAUGGUCAGGAACGGCACUAUCCCGCAAGGGAAAGGCAGUCGCUAUUUGCAGACUAAGUACAAUCUCUACUUGAGUUAUUGUGCCAAUAUCAGUUUCUAUUUGCUUCUGAAGUCCAAGAGGAUGCCGGUCCAUAGCCACCCCGUUAUCGAACGGCUGGUGGCUUUUAGAAAUGUCAUCAACGACCUAGCUGUUAUCGAUCAAAAGUUAUCCUCGCAGGUUCGCGUGCUUCUGAAAAGCUACUAUGAUAAGAAGGAAGAUAAAUUGCGGAAAGACAAGAAGUUUGCCGUGUUUCUCCCACUGGAUGUUAAGAAAAGCAAACCAAAACGUGCUCCUGCGCUUGCUAAUGGCCGGGCUACUGCUGAUGAACCGUCAAGUGAAUCCGACCUGGAUGAAGAGGCUGCCCUAAAAUACUACAAUAUGAUGGAGGAGAAGCUGAAACUGAAGAGGAAGAGAACUGCCGACCAAGACGUGCUUGAAGAAGAAGCGGUGUUAGAAGGAGAGGAUCCAAAUAAGAAGAGAGGUGUCACCUAUCAGAUGAUUAAGAACAAAGGCCUGACACCCAGAAGGAAGAAGAUCGACCGCAACCCCAGGGUCAAGCAUCGGGAGAAGUUUCGGCGAGCCAAGAUUCGCCGCAAGGGCCAGGUCCGGGAAGUUCGCAGGGAGUUGGACAGAUAUGCCGGGGAGCUGUCUGGCAUUCGUGCAGGAGUUAAGAAAAGCAGGAAGCUUCAGUGA